AAAUAAGCAAAAAUAAAGCAUCUUCCAUUUCAUCAUCCUCCAAAAUCCGGCAACGGCCAAGAACAAUCUGCAAAAGAAAGCAAGCCAUUUCUCAUCUCUAAUCUUCAUUCUCUCUCCUCACUCCCCACACUGCUUUCUCUCUCUACAAUUCUUAUUCAAUUUUGAAAUGAUGUUGAUAGAUUCAACAAUGGCUGUUCAUUUACACUCAUCUUCCACCCUAGCUUGUUGCCGUUCAAUUUGGAGCUCUGAUGAUGCCACGGGGGUCAAAGUUGCUGUUCCCUGGAAUAAAGUAAAGAAAUUGAGGAAAAACUUUGAUAGUUUUUUGAAUAAAAGGAAUGAUCCAAGGAAAAGCAGAAUUCAAGCAUCUGGAAAGUAUUUGGGGUCAGGGUCUGAUCAGUUAGGGGAGAAUGGCAAGUCUAAGUAUCAUCCAUAUGAAGAUAUUUCGGAUUCCGAAUCAACUGCAGUUGAAGAGGGUCAACUUACUGCUUCUGAAACUUGCAGAACCAUCAUUGAGGUGAACAGCAAAGCAACUCUGAUGUUUUCUGGUAUGAUUGACGACGAAGUUCAUGAGAACAUUUUCUGGCCAGAUCUGCCUUACCUUACUGACGAACAUGGAAAUGUAUACUUCCAGAUGAACAAUGAUGAAGACAUUUUGCAAUCCCUGACUUCUGACAACAACUAUGUGCAUGUCAUCAUUGGUCUGGAUACCAAGGAAGUAUUGGGUGAGAUGGAGUUGUCAGGUCCAGCUUCAAUUGAUUUUGGUAUUGAAGAAAUUGAAGAGGAAGAUAGUGAUUUUGAUGAAGAUGGGGAGGAGGGUGAAGAUGACGACGACGACGAUGAGUUUGACGGGGAUUGGGUUGAUAUUCUUGAUGUUGCAGAGGAUCUUGUUGAUUCUGAUGAAUCUUUGGGAGACUGGGCAAAAUUAGAAACGAUGCGUUCUUCCCAUCCAAUGUAUUUUGCAAAAAGGAUUUCUGAGGUUACUUCUGAUAAUCCUAUAGAUUUUAUGGUACAGCCUCCAGCUGGUUUGGCUAUACAAGGCCUUUUGAGACCUGCCUUUAUUGAAGAACGAUCUGUAAUUAAGAAACACAGGUUGAUUAAACCAGAUAAAGAUGCUGAUGUCAACAAUGGUGAAAAGGCUACUAAUAAUAGCAAGGUAAAAAAUGUUGGUUUGGUUAACGGACACGCUCAUGGGUCGGCUUCUUCUGAAGAUAAUUCUGAGCAGAAUGGGGAUUUGGAAAAGGAUAUUGUCUUGUCAAGUGGGACUGCGUUCUAUAAGUUGGAGAUGGUUAAGAUUCAGCUUAUUUCGGCCUAUGGAAAUCAGACUGAAGUUGAGGUUGAAGAUUACAAGAAAGCACACUCUGACGCAAUCGCUCAUUCAGCCGCCAAAAUUAUAUCUCGUAUAAGUGCUGCAGGAGAAAAGACCACCAAUGCUCUUAAAUCCCUGUGCUGGAGGAGUAAGGGUCUUCAAGUUGAGGAGGCAUCACUUAUUGGUGUAGAUUCUCGUGGUUUCGACUUAAGAGUUUGCUCAGGAACGCAAGUACAAACAUUACGGUUUGCAUUCAUUUCUCAGGCCUCUUCAGAAUAUAGUGCUGAGAGACAACUCAACGAUUUAUUAUUCCCUAGAACCAAUCAGAAGGCGCAAAAAGUAAAACAAACCCGAAGAAAAGAAAUCUGAAGUUAAAAAUGGGUAGUAAUUAUUCAAACUUUCCCUUUGAAAUCUUCAGUUUCAUGCUGGAUUCCGCAGGUAAGUUUCUGAUGUAUUCCUAACUGUGAAGAUGAUCCAUCCUUGUUGCAAAAGUUGUUUAAUUUGCUCUACAACUAGCUCGAAAUAUGUACAGCCCAUUUUUCUUCAACAUUUGCUAAAAGUGCGCAAAUUUGUCAGUUUACAGCAAAUUAGUUGAUUGUUUUAUGCUAAAAGUGCGCAAAUUUGUCAUCAGUUGUAGAUCAGUAGAGAGAAUGAGGGAAGGAGGAUGCUAAAAGGUUCUUUUUUUCUUUUUCUUUUUUUUUUUUUUUUUUUUUUUUUUUUUUUUUUUUUUUUUUUUUUAUCGUACUUUCAUCCCCUCGACAAAUUGAGUAAAGAGACGGGGGAUGUGUACAUAAGCAUCUAAAAUUAAGUAGGGAUGAGGUUCAAUUAUAAAGUUCACUUAUAAAUCUCAUUGUAUGUAAUGUUGGUUAUUGUUGACAGUAGUUUCAUCUUUGGAAGUAGAAGUUCUGAGAUCGUUGUUUCUGGUGUAUUUUUGCAGAAAGAACAGGUUUUGGUAAUGGAAACUGAUAUUUGAACAGGUUUUGUUGGA